UUUCUGUUUUAUAUCUUCUUAUCUCUAAGAUACGGAAAAGGGGAUUUUUGGUUAUGUUUAUAUCAUUGUUUUAAGAAAAACAUACCAAUGGACAUUGUGAAUUACACGAGAAUGUUUAAUCUUCUACUAUAUAAGAUUGUACAUUUCGUAUAAUAGUCAGUUUAAAAUCGUUACAGAAACUGAUACUUUGAAAUUUGCAGAAUAGUAGAAGAUUAAUCAUGAAUUUUAUAUGGUAUGUAGCAUCAGUUCUUUUACUGUUAGAAGUUAUAUCAGCUGAUAAACAAAAGAAUCCAUGGGAAGUGCAUCCAGGUGCCAAUCGCGACGAAAACGGAAACGUCAACGCUGGAGUCGAAGUGAAAAGAAAAGGAGAAAACCACGAUUUCGAAGCUGGAUGGGGCAAAGUAGUGCAUGGACCAAAUAAAGCAAAGCCUACGUGGCAUGUAGGAGGUACUUUUAGAUUCAAAAGAUCUCCCGAUCAACCGUGGGAAGUGCAUCCAGGUGCCAAUCGCGACGAAAACGGAAACGUCAACGCUGGAGUCGAAGUGAAAAGAAAAGGAGAAAACCACGAUUUCGAAGCUGGAUGGGGUAAAGUAGUGCAUGGACCAAAUAAAGCAAAGCCUACGUGGCAUGUAGGAGGUACUUUUAGAUUCAAAAGAUCUCCCGAUCAACCGUGGGAAGUGCAUCCAGGUGCCAAUCGCGACGAAAACGGCAACGUCAACGCUGGAGUCGAAGUGAAAAGAAAAGGAGAAAACCACGAUUUCGAAGCUGGAUGGGGCAAAGUAGUGCAUGGACCAAAUAAAGCGAAACCUACGUGGCAUGUAGGAGGUACUUUUAGAUUCAAAAGAUCUCCCGAUCAACCGUGGGAAGUGCAUCCAGGUGCCAAACGCGACGAAACCGGAAACGUCAACGCUGGAGUCGAAGUGAAAAGAAAAGGAGAAAACCACGAUUUCGAAGCUGGAUGGGGCAAAGUAGUGCAUGGACCAAAUAAAGCGAAACCUACGUGGCAUGUAGGAGGUACUUUUAGAUUCAAAAGAUCUCCCGAUCAACCGUGGGAAGUGCAUCCAGGUGCCAAACGCGACGAAACCGGAAACGUCAACGCUGGAGUCGAAGUGAAAAGAAAAGGAGAAAACCACGAUUUCGAAGCUGGAUGGGGCAAAGUAGUGCAUGGACCAAAUAAAGCGAAACCUACGUGGCAUGUAGGAGGUACUUUUAGAUUCAAAAGAUCUCCCGAUCAACCGUGGGAAGUGCAUCCAGGUGCCAAUCGCGACGAAAACGGCAACGUCAACGCUGGAGUCGAAGUGAAAAGAAAAGGAGAAAACCACGAUUUCGAAGCUGGAUGGGGUAAAGUAGUGCAUGGACCAAAUAAAGCAAAGCCUACGUGGCAUGUAGGAGGUACUUUUAGAUUCAAAAGAUCUCCCGAUCAACCGUGGGAAGUGCAUCCAGGUGCCAAUCGCGACGAAAACGGCAACGUCAAGGCUGGAGUCGAAGUGAAAAGAAAAGGAGAAAACCACGAUUUCGAAGCUGGAUGGGGCAAAGUAGUGCAUGGACCAAAUAAAGCGAAACCUACGUGGCAUGUAGGAGGUACUUUUAGAUUCAAAAGAUCUCCCGAUCAACCGUGGGAAGUGCAUCCAGGUGCCAAUCGCGACGAAAACGGAAACGUCAACGCUGGAGUCGAAGUGAAAAGAAAAGGAGAAAACCACGAUUUCGAAGCUGGAUGGGGUAAAGUAGUGCAUGGACCAAAUAAAGCAAAGCCUACGUGGCAUGUAGGAGGUACUUUUAGAUUCAAAAGAUCUCCCGAUCAACCGUGGGAAGUGCAUCCAGGUGCCAAUCGCGACGAAAACGGAAACGUCAACGCUGGAGUCGAAGUGAAAAGAAAAGGAGAAAACCACGAUUUCGAAGCUGGAUGGGGUAAAGUAGUGCAUGGACCAAAUAAAGCAAAGCCUACGUGGCAUGUGGUGGUACAUUUCAUUUUUAAUACAAAAAGACUUAUGUAAGAAUUGUAUUGUAAUUAAAUUAUUAUUUUUAUAAAA